AAGGCCUCCUCUGGCAAACUCCCAGACGCUCUACCAGCCAAGCAGUCUCCUGUUCGAGCAUUGCCUGCAGCAUGGUACACCUCCNNCCCCUCGAUGUACGAAUUCGAGCGCCGAGCAAUCUUCACCCGUCGCUGGCUCUUUAUGACCCACAGCUCACGUAUCAAGAACCCCGGCGACUUUCUUCGCUACACCGUCGCCGGCUACGACAUCGUCAUCAACCGCGAUCGUACUGGCCAAGUAAAUGCUUUCCACAAUGUGUGCAGACAUCGUGCAUAUCCCGUGGUGGANAAAAAGGAAGGCAAUGCAAAGAUAUUCGCUUGCAGAUAUCAUGGGUGGUCGUAUGGAUUAAACGGGAAUCUUGCCAAAGCACCUGGUUACCAGGAUCUGGAUGGCUUUGACAAGAGCCAAAACAAUCUCUUUGGCAUACACGUCAAAGUCGACAUCAACGGUUUCAUCUGGAUAAACAUGGACGCAAAUGAAACCCCCGAAGUUCCCUGGUCGGAGCAUUUCGCAGACGUCGACAAACAAGAACGAUACUCGGCAUUCAAUUUUGCAGACUAUGAACUCGAUCAUGUCUAUGAGCUUGAAGGAGAUUUCAAUUGGAAGGUCCUGGCUGACAACUUCAACGAGUGUUAUCAUUGUCCCACCACCCACCCUGAUAUCCCCGACUUUAUCAAUCUCGAGACUUUUGAUUCCGAUCUGCAGGGUGGGCAUAUUCAACAUCAUUGUGUUUCUACACCCGAGCAAGCGGCAAAAGGGUUGGGAGUGGCCAGCACAUAUUACUUUCCCGCCACUUCGAUGACGGUCUCCCCUCACUUCAUCAUGAUCCAAAAAUUCCUCCCCACCGGUCCUUUGAAUUGUACCAUGCACUACGAAAUCUACCGCAACAAGUCGCCCAUCUCAUCCCCCUCGGAUUUUGACCUCAUCUCUUCCAUGUACGCCCGCGUGAUGGCAGAAGACAAGAUACUCUGUCAAGCGGCACAGAAAAAUCUCAACACGGGUGUUUUUACAAACGGGCUGUUGCAUCCCAAAUACGAAAAAGCACCGCUGUUUUUUCAACAGACGGUUAGGGAGAUUGUAACCGGACAUUAUAGGAGGGAGAAGCAGGCGGGAAGGGAGAUUUGGGUGGUGAAGAGAGAGGUCGGGGAGCCAGGGAGUAUGCAGGAUAUGGAGGUCUGCGAGGGUAUUGGGUGUGGAGAGAAGAAGGAAGAACUGGUUUGG